CCUUGAUGCCCCAGCGUCCACCGGACCAAGUGGAAACGACGCGUUCCUUGUCGUCGUCGACCGCCUCACGAAAGUGGCUCACUUCGCGUCAUGUCGCACGACGAUCACAGCCGAAGAAACCGCACGUCUGUUCAUCUCGGCCGUCGUUCGCCUGCAUGGUAUCCCUGUGGCGAUCAUCAGCGACAGAGACCCAAAAUUCACCUCUCGCUUUGGGGUAGUACCGUAAGUGGGGUAGUACCGUAAUC